AAUAACUGCAAUAAUUACACAUCACACUGUUAGCCUUACACCUUCGAUUUAAUGCUGGGUUAUUUUCCUGAAUAACGUGUAACAGAAAAAGUAGGCUAAUUAAGAAUAAAUUCACAUUCGUAUAUGAAUUGGUUUAACAAAUCUUUAACUGGAUAGCUAUUACAAAUCAUUCGGAUUUCGGAUUUUCAUGCGGACAAAUAUUACUUAAACUCCAGCGUGUCAUUUUAUCCACAAAGCAAUUGAAAAAAUCUGGAAUAAGUGGAUGAAGAUUAAUACAUCACACAUAUUUGUUUAACAAAAACAUCUUAGCUGUCAACGACCAUCAACAAUGAAUAUACCCAAUCAAUAUAUAGAAAAGACUGAAGAAGUUGCAGAUCAGGUAAUUAGAAAAGGCAAACAUGUCCUCCCACAUGUCGCCCGGUUAUGCCUGAUAGCAACAUUCCUUGAGGAUGGUAUCCGGAUGUGGGUGCAAUGGAACGAGCAGCGCGAAUACAUGGAUAUGAACUGGGGCUGUGGAAAAUUUUUGGCCACAACUUUUGUUCUUAUUAAUCUAUUAGGACAGAUAGGAGGAUGCGUUAUGGUUCUAGGACAACUGAAGGUCAGCAUUGCCUGCUGGAUUCUGUUUGCCAUUGUCAUCCUACAAACAAUAGCUUAUUCUGUUCUAUGGGAUAUACAGUUCCUGUUGCGUAAUCUCGCCUUAAUUGGUGCACUCUUACUCGUUCUAGCGGAGUCACGAGGUGAAGCUCGGUCGCUUUUCGCAGGUAUUCCAUCGCUCGGGGAAAACAAACCUAAGAGUUUCAUGCAGUUAGCGGGACGAAUUCUUCUUGCAUUCAUGUUUAUCACUUUGAUCCGCUUCGAACUCAGUUUCAUGCAAAUACUGCAAGAUAUUGUAGGAUCCAUAUUGAUGGUGUUAGUAACAAUUGGAUAUAAAACAAAGCUCUCAUCUCUUAUUUUAGUUGCCCUGCUUACUAUUCUUAACUUAUACCACAAUGCUUGGUGGACUAUACCGUCAUACAAACCUCUUCGCGAUUUUCUUAAAUAUGACUUCUUUCAGACGCUCUCUGUUAUUGGUGGCUUAUUAAUGAUUGUAUCACUAGGGCCAGGCGGUGUUUCUAUGGAUGAGCACAAGAAAAAAUGGUGAACAGGCUUAAAACAAAAUCAAAACAGUCGUUAAAAUUUAAUUAAAAAUCAAUUACAUUCUUUUUUUUUGCAUACAGGCAGAUUGAGACAAAACCAAGUUUUAUAUUGCACAACAAGUUUUUCUGGUAUGAAUAGGAACGAGUAAAUGGAAAAAAUCUUUCUAGCUAUGUUAAUCAUUCCAAUUAUACGAUGUAUGUUCUAUGAAAACAGCAAUAGCAAUUACAAAUAAAUAUAUACCGUGACAAACCAGCAAAAAAGAA